AUGACAGCCGCACCCAAACGCCGCCUCGCGGCCCUCUCCGAGCAACUCGCCAACGGAAUCCCCAGCAAAGGCGAGUUCGAGAACGUGCCACGGAUCCGCACGGUCGCGCAGCCCUCGGUGGGCCAACGAGUGCAAGGAAAAGUCGUGAUUGUGACGGGGGCCAACAGCCCGAUCGGCAUCGGACGAGCGUCAGCGCACCAAUACGCCCAGAAUGGGGCCAAAGCCGUCUACAUCUGCGACUUCGACACCUCGUACCUCGAGGUGCACAAGCGGGAGCUCGCGGAGCUGUACCCGGAGGUCAAGAUCCACGCGGUCAAGGUCGACGUCGGCGAGGAAGAGCAGGUCAAGGCCGUGGUGGACGAUGCGAUGGCCACGUACGGCCGGCUCGACAUCAUGUUUGCCAACGCCGGCAUCGUCGGCGUGCCGAACACCUUUGAGCAUAUCACGCCCGAGGCGUUUAUGAAGACCAUGCGGGUGAAUUCUCUCGGUGUGUUUUUGUGCUUCAAGCAUGCCGCGCUGGCGAUGCAGAAGACCAGUGCUGAGAAGCAAUAUCCCGGCGGAAGCAUUUUGGGCACGGCAUCGGUGGCGGGACUCAGAUCGAAUGCCGGUGGGACGGAUUACUCGGCCAGCAAGGCUUCGGUGGUUUCGCUGGCGCAGACGAUGGCGUAUCAGCUAGCAGGAACGGGUGUCCGAGUCAAUGCUCUUUGCCCCGGGGUGAUCGAGACGGGCAUGACUAAACCGAUGUUCGACGCGGCACGAUCAAGAGGCACAGAACGAAAGAUUGGACAGUUGAAUCCGCUACAGCGCGGUGCUGUGGCAGAUGAGGUGGCUCGGGUUGCCUUGUUUCUCGGAAGUGACGAGUCAAGCUAUGUAAAUGGACAGGCUUGGGCUGUCUGUGGUGGGCUCAGCGCGGGCCAUCCCUUUGUCCCAGGGAAGAUAGCAUAG